AUGUCAACAAACGACGCAUCAACCGCCGGGGGCUCGACUGUGACGAUGGAUGAUGGAGUAAAGUUACAUGUGAAGAUACUGGGGGAUGGCGACGGAUCAGCUUCCAGGCCUCUGCUCAUUUCACUUCACGGCGCACCAGGUCUAUCAACUCAUCUAGAACCAACAGCUUCGUACACUUUUCUAUCGAGCGUUUAUCGAGUGUUGGUGUAUGACGGUCGGGGAAGUGGCGCCUCCGACCACGUUGGACCAUAUAGUCAUGAACGUUGGAUCAAUGACAUUGAAAACCUCAGGAAAUUUUACGGUGCAGAAAAAUUUGUGCUUGCUGGAGCCUCCUACGGAGCAUUUAUUGCCCUCGACUACGCCAUCAAACAUGGGGACAGACUGGACGGGCUGAUUCUUCGAGGGGCUUGGGCAAACGGCAAGGUUGGCCCAAUGGCUGUCUUGUCGAAGAUUUUGACGUCCGACAAGGUGCAGGUUGAUGCUGCUCGUCAAGUCCGUCUGUGGUCUGGAACGUUACUCAAUGACCAGGAUUUCGAAGAUGCCAUCAUGGAACUGCUUCCUUUCUACGCACCACCUCCAAAUCCAAACAUUCCUGACGACCAAGAUAUUCCAGAGUCGACAGAGUUCCAAGGGACGGUGAAGUAUCACUCGUCCACCCAAAAUUAUGCUUUUAACGUGAAUAUGCCACGAUUUGACGUACGAGAUCAGCUCAAAACAAUAAAGAUCAUCAAGGCUCCGACGUUCCUCGUCGUUGGACGACAUGACAAUGUGACACCUGUGGAGGCCAGUCAAGACAUUGCUAGUAAGAUCCCACGUGCAACAUUGGAGAUCUUCGAAUAUUCAGGCCAUAGUCCGCCGUCAGAUGAACCAAAGAAAUUCGAGGCGAGUCUUGCAAACUGGUUGAAGGCUGAGGGAUUACCUUCUACAGAUUGA